GUUGAAAAUUACUAAAUUAAUCUUCCAAACUCUAUAAAAAAGCCACAGUACCUUAAAUCUCACACUCAUAAAUAAAUUUUCUUGAUAGUUUGUUAAAGUCAGAGAAAAUUGAAGUGCUACAAUGGCUACAAAUCAGGAAGAAGUGAAGCUAUUGGGAGCGAUAGGAAGCCCAUUUGUGUGCAGGGUACAGAUUGCUCUAAAAUUGAAGGGAAUUGAAUACAAAUUUCUUGAAGAAAACAUGGCCAACAAAAGUGAACUUCUUCUCAAGUAUAAUCCAGUUUAUAAAAAGAUACCAGUUUUUGUUCACAAUGAAAAGCCUAUAUCAGAGUCCCUUUUGAUUAUUGAGUAUAUUGAUGAGACUUGGAAACAAAAUCCUAUCUUGCCUUCUGAUCCAUACCAAAGAGCCUUGGCUCGAUUUUGGUCUAACUUCAUCGACGACAAGAUCAUAGCUGCUUCGAUUAAAGCUGUUCAUACCGUUCAUGAUGAGAAAGAGCGCGAGAAGAAUGUUGAAGGAACAAUUGAGGCUCUACAGAUUCUUGAGAAUGAGUUGAAGGACAAGUUCUUUGGAGGUGAGGAGAUUGGAAUUGUGGAUAUUGCAGCUGUGUACAUAGCUUUUUGGAUCCCUUUGAUUCAAGAAAUAACAGGGUUGCAAUUGUUGAAUGCUGAAAAGUGUCCCAAACUUUCGAAGUGGAGCCAAGAAUUUCUCAACCAUCCAAUUGUUAAGGAAAAUAUGCCUCCUAGAGAACCUCUCUUUGCCUACUUCAAAGCUCACUAUGAGAGUCUCUUUGAUUCAAAAUAGACUUAGAAUUUCAUGUUUGUGAUUGUUAUUAAUAUUAUUUGUCAUCGGAUUUUUGCUGUUGGGGUUUCAUUUCAAAAUCAUAGUUUGUAAUCAGAGAUUUCUCCAUGUGACAUCUAAGGUUAUAGUUGUCAAACAUUUAGGAGAUUACGGAAGACUUAGUGUUGAGUGUGUUGCCGGGGGGACGUAGCACCACGUGGUAUGCAGCCGCACUGUAGUCGGAGAUGUAGGCACAAUUGACCGAACUUUGUUACCAAAUAUCGUGAAUACAUUGUUUGCGCUUAUGGUUUCUUUAUUUUA